UGCGGCGGAGGGAUCCGCGGCGGAGGCGGCGGCAGCCGUAGCCGCUGCCUGAGAGUUGUUGUUUCCUCCUCCUCCGCCUCCGCCGCCGUUGCUUGAAUGGUGGAGCCGAGGCUCGGCUCGUGAGCACACAGUGACAGCUAUAGGGCAGGCGGCGGCACCAUCCCCGCUUCCCGUCGGCGGCGGGGUGCCCCGCCGGCGGCCCCGAAGUGACCCCUAAACAUGUCUUGCGAGAGGAAAGGCCUCUCGGAGCUGCGAUCGGAGCUCUACUUCCUCAUCGCCCGGUUCCUGGAAGAUGGACCCUGUCAGCAGGCGGCUCAGGUGCUGAUCCGCGAGGUGGCCGAGAAGGAGCUGCUGCCCCGCCGCACCGACUGGACCGGGAAGGAGCAUCCCAGGACCUACCAGAAUCUGGUCAAGUAUUACAGACAUUUAGCACCUGAUCACUUGCUGCAAAUCUGUCAUCGACUAGGACCCCUUCUUGAGCAAGAAAUUCCACAGAGUGUUCCUGGAGUACAAACUUUAUUAGGAGCUGGGAGACAGUCAUUGCUACGCACAAAUAAGAGUUGCAAGCAUGUUGUGUGGAAAGGAUCUGCUCUGGCCGCAUUGCAUUGUGGAAGGCCCCCUGAGUCACCAAUUAACUAUGGCAGUCCUCCUAGCAUUGCGGAUACCUUGUUUUCAAGGAAGCUGAAUGGGAAAUACAGGCUUGAACGACUUGUUCCAACAGCAGUUUAUCAGCACAUGAAAAUGCAUAAACGUAUUCUUGGGCAUUUGUCAUCUGUGUACUGUGUAACUUUCGACCGAACUGGCAGACGAAUAUUUACUGGUUCUGAUGACUGCCUUGUGAAAAUCUGGGCAACAGAUGAUGGGAGGUUAUUAGCAACUUUAAGAGGACAUGCUGCUGAAAUAUCAGACAUGGCUGUAAAUUAUGAAAAUACCAUGAUAGCAGCUGGAAGUUGCGAUAAAAUGAUUCGAGUGUGGUGUCUUCGAACUUGUGCUCCUUUGGCUGUUCUUCAGGGCCACAGUGCAUCUAUAACAUCACUACAGUUCUCACCAUUGUGCAAUGGCUCAAAGAGAUAUCUUUCUUCUACUGGAGCAGAUGGCACUAUUUGCUUUUGGCUGUGGGAUGCUGGAACCCUCAAAAUAAAUCCAAGACCUACAAAAUUUACAGAACGACCUCGGCCUGGAGUUCAAAUGAUCUGUUCUUCAUUUAGCGCUGGUGGAAUGUUUCUGGCCACAGGAAGCACAGAUCAUAUUAUUAGAGUUUAUUUUUUUGGAUCAGGUCAGCCAGAGAAAAUAUCAGAAUUGGAGUUUCAUACUGACAAAGUUGACAGUAUCCAGUUUUCCAACACUAGUAACAGGUUUGUAAGUGGAAGUCGUGAUGGGACAGCACGUAUAUGGCAAUUUAAACGAAGAGAGUGGAAGAGCAUUUUAUUGGAUAUGGCUACUCGCCCAGCAGGCCAAAACCUUCAAGGAAUAGAAGAUAAAAUCACAAAAAUGAAAGUGACUAUGGUUGCAUGGGAUCGGCAUGAUAAUACAGUUAUAACAGCUGUUAAUAAUAUGACUCUUAAAGUUUGGAACUCUUACACCGGUCAACUAAUUCAUGUCCUGAUGGGUCACGAAGAUGAAGUAUUUGUUCUUGAGCCACACCCAUUUGAUCCAAGAGUUCUCUUCUCUGCUGGUCAUGAUGGAAAUGUGAUAGUGUGGGAUCUAGCAAGAGGAGUCAAAAUUCGAUCUUAUUUCAAUAUGAUUGAAGGCCAAGGACAUGGUGCAGUGUUUGACUGCAAAUGCUCUCCUGAUGGUCAGCAUUUUGCAUGCACAGACUCUCAUGGACAUCUUUUAAUUUUUGGCUUUGGCUCAAGUAGCAAGUAUGACAAGAUAGCAGAUCAGAUGUUCUUUCAUAGUGAUUAUCGGCCUCUUAUCCGUGAUGCCAACAAUUUUGUAUUAGAUGAACAGACUCAGCAAGCACCUCAUCUCAUGCCUCCUCCCUUUUUGGUUGAUGUUGAUGGUAACCCUCAUCCAUCAAGAUAUCAGAGAUUAGUUCCUGGUCGUGAAAAUUGCAGGGAGGAGCAACUCAUCCCUCAGAUGGGAGUAACUUCCUCAGGACUGAACCAAGUUUUAAGUCAACAAGCAAAUCAGGACAUCAGCCCACUGGACAGCAUGAUUCAAAGACUACAACAGGAGCAAGACCUAAGACGUUCUGGUGAAGCAGGUAUCAGUAAUACCAGUCGUUUAAGUAGAGGCUCUAUAAGUUCUACCUCAGAAGUUCAUUCCCCACCAAAUGUAGGACUGAGGCGGAGUGGGCAGAUUGAAGGAGUACGACAGAUGCACAGUAAUGCACCAAGAAGUGAAAUAGCCACAGAACGGGAUCUUGUAGCUUGGAGUCGAAGAGUGGUUGUGCCUGAGCUUUCGGCGGGUGUAGCUAGUAGGCAAGAAGAAUGGAGAACUGCAAAGGGAGAAGAAGAAAUAAAGACAUAUAGGGCAGAAGAGAAAAGAAAACACUUUACUGUUCCAAAAGAGAAUAAAGUACCCACUAUUGCAAAGAAUCAUGCUCAUGAGAACUUCCUGGAUCUUGGAGAAUCCAAAAAACAGCAGGCAAAUCAACACAAUUAUCGUACAAGAUCUGCAUUGGAGGAAACUCCUAGACCUUCGGAAGAAAUAGAAAAUGGCACAAGCUCUUCAGAUGAAGGUGAAGUUGUUGCUGUCAGUGGUGGAACAUCAGAAGAAGAGGAGAGAGCAUGGCACAGUGAUGGCAGUUCUAGCGACUACUCUAGUGAUUAUUCUGACUGGACAGCAGAUGCAGGAAUUAAUCUGCAGCCACCAAAGAAAAUCCCCAAACAUAAAACCAAGAAAGCAGAAAGUAGUUCAGAUGAAGAAGAAGAAUCUGAAAAACAGAAGCAAAAACAGAUUAAAAAGGAAAGAAAGAAAGUAAUUGAAGAAAAAGAUGGACCAGUAUCACCAAAGAAAAAGAAGCCCAAAGAAAGAAAACAAAAGAGAUUGGCUGUAGGAGAACUAACAGAAAAUGGUUUGACGUUAGAAGAGUGGUUACCUUCAACAUGGAUUACAGAUACUAUUCCACGAAGAUGUCCUUUUGUGCCACAGAUGGGUGAUGAGGUUUAUUAUUUUCGACAAGGACAUGAAGCGUAUGUCGAAAUGGCUCGGAAAAAUAAAAUUUAUAGUAUCAAUCCCAAAAAACAGCCAUGGCAUAAAAUGGAGUUACGGGAACAAGAACUGAUGAAAAUAGUUGGUAUAAAGUAUGAAGUGGGAUUGCCUACACUUUGCUGCCUUAAACUAGCUUUUCUAGAUCCUGAUACUGGUAAACUGACUGGCGGAUCAUUUACCAUGAAAUACCAUGAUAUGCCUGAUGUUAUAGAUUUCCUAGUCUUGAGACAACAAUUUGACGACGCAAAAUAUAGGCGUUGGAAUAUAGGUGACCGUUUCAGAUCAGUCAUAGAUGAUGCCUGGUGGUUUGGAACAAUUGAAAGCCAGGAACCUCUUCAACCUGAGUACCCUGAUAGUUUAUUUCAGUGCUAUAAUGUAUGCUGGGACAAUGGAGAUACAGAAAAAAUGAGUCCUUGGGAUAUGGAGCUAAUACCUAAUAAUGCCGUAUUUCCUGAAGAACUAGGUACCAGUGUUCCUUUAACUGAUGUUGAAUGUAGAUCAUUGAUCUAUAAGCCUCUUGAUGGGGAAUGGGGUUCUAGUCCCAGGGAUGAAGAAUGUGAAAGAAUUGUUGCAGGAAUAAACCAGUUGAUGACACUAGAUAUUGCUUCUGCAUUUGUGGCCCCUGUGGAUCUACAAGCCUAUCCUAUGUAUUGCACUGUAGUGGCAUAUCCAACGGAUUUAAGUACAAUUAAACAAAGACUGGAGAACAGAUUUUACAGGCGGGUUUCUUCCCUAAUGUGGGAAAUUCGAUAUAUAGAGCAUAAUACACGAACAUUUAAUGAGCCUGGAAGUCCAAUUGUGAAAUCUGCUAAAUUUGUGACUGAUCUUCUUCUACAUUUUAUAAAGGAUCAGACUUGUUACAACAUGACUAUACUCUACAAUUCAAUGAAGAAAAAAGUUCUGUCUGACUCUGAGGAAGAAGAGAAAGAUGCUGAUGUGCCAGGAACUUCUACCCGUAAAAGGAAGGAACAUCAGCCUAGAAGAAGAUUGCGUAACAGAGCUCAGUCUUAUGAUAUUCAAGCAUGGAAGAAGCAAUGUCAAGAGCUGUUAAAUCUUAUAUUUCAAUGUGAAGAUUCUGAACCUUUCCGUCAACCAGUAGAUCUACUUGAAUAUCCAGACUACAGAGACAUCAUUGACACUCCAAUGGAUUUUGCUACUGUUAGAGAAACUUUAGAGGCUGGGAAUUAUGAGUCACCAAUGGAGUUAUGUAAAGAUGUCCGACUUAUUUUUAGUAAUUCCAAAGCAUAUACUCCUAGCAAAAGAUCAAGGAUUUAUAGCAUGAGUUUACGCCUGUCUGCUUUCUUUGAAGAACACAUUAGUUCAGUUUUAUCAGAUUAUAAAUCUGCUCUCCGUUUUCAUAAAAGAAAUACAAUAACCAAAAGGAGGAAGAAAAGAAACAGAAGCAGCUCAGUUUCCAGUAGUGCUACAUCAAGCCCUGAAAGGAAAAAAAGAAUCUUAAAACCCCAGCUGAAGUCAGAUAUCUCUACCUCUCCAUUCUCUACACUUACACGACCAAUACCAGCAAGGCACAAUGCCACUCAAAUAAAUGGUAAAGCAGAAUCCAGUUCCGUAGUCCGAACCAGAAGCAAUCGAAUAGUUGCAGAUCCGGUUAACACUGAGCAACCAUCUACUUCUUCAGCAGCAAAAGCUUUUGUUCCUAAAGCUAAUGCAUCUGCAUUUCCAGGGAAAACAAUUUUAGAGAAUUCUGUGAAACAUUCCAAAACAUUGAAUACGCUUCCAAGUCCUGCUCAGUCCACUUUUGGUCAAGGCACUAGAAAUAAUUCUUCUAAAGAAAACAUGGAAAAGGAAAAGCCAGUCAAACGUAAAAUGAAGUCAUGUAUUCUUUCAAAGACAUCCACUCUUCCAAAGUCAUCCACUCUCAUAGAGCAGGCAGAUUCUAAGAACAAUGCCAUUCUGUCAGGAAACAUCCAAGUUAAUGGCCACGGAGGGCAACCUACUAAACUUGUGAAGAGGGGACCUGGAAGGAAACCUAAGGUAGAAGUUAAUACCAGUAGUGGUGAAGUUAUACACAAGAAAAGGGGUAGAAAGCCCAAAAAACUACAAUUUGCAAAGCCUGAAAAUUCAGAGCAAAAUAAUAUACAUCCCAUCAGAGAUGAAGUUGUUCCUUCCUCAACUUGCAAUUUUUUCCCUGAAACUAAUAGCAUAAGAGAGGAUUUGUUACAGAAAAAGAGUCGAGGAGGCAGAAAACCCAAAAGGAAGAUGAUAAAGACACAGAAACUAGACUCAGACCUCAUAGUUCCUAAAAGUGUUAAAAUGUUAAGGAGAAGUAAUCGAAAAAAGAUAGAUGAUCCUAUGGAUGAAGAAGAGGAGUUUGAGGAACUCAAAAACUCUGAAACCCACAUGAGAACUAGAAACCAAGGUCGAAGGACAGCUUUCUAUAAUGAAGAUGACUCUGAAGAGGAGCAAAGGCAGCUGUUGUUUGAAGACACUUCUUUGACUUUUGGAACUUCUAGUAGAGGACGAGUCCGAAAGUUGACUGAAAAAGCAAAAGCUAAUUUAAUUGGAUGGUAACUUGCACCACAAUAUUCUGUUUCAAAAUCUGUAAAGCAGGUACAGUUAAGGAGUAUGUAGAACUGAGACUUCUGCUUCCUUGCUGCUAUAGUGGAUAUAGGAAUGUUAUGAUUUGAUUUGCAAAAAAAAAAAAAAAAAAGGAAAAAAAAAAAAACCACAAGACACUUCACUUCUUUAAAUGAAUAUAUAUAUAUAAAUAUAUGCAUAUAUAUUUUAAAUGUUUGCUAUUUAUUGCCCUUAGAUAGGUUAUGCAUUUCAUUCACUGAGACAAAAAGAAAUUGUGGACUUACAAUGAAUCACAAAUUUAUUUCUGGAAAAGAUAAUUCUGUUAUACUCUUUAAAAAAGAAGGCAAAAAAAAGUACCUAGAGAUAAAGCAUUUCAUGUUACAAAUAAUUAUUUUUAACCUAGCAAGGUACAUUUUUAUUGAUAAAGCAUUUGUGCCCCUCCCCCCCAGAAGACAGAUGUUACCAGAGUAGCAGUAAAUUAAGAAAUGUUUCCUCUGAAGUUAAAUAUAAAAAUUCCCACCAUUUGAUACUAUGAAGUUUUAAUUUUAAUUAUAGAAUAUUCAUCUACAAAGAAUCUAGAAGAGGCUUUUGCUGUAUUCCAUUUCUGCCAAACAUAAGAGAAAAUGUAAGGAAACAUAUCCACAUUGGAAAACAUUUGACUGUCUAAUUUUUCAGACCUUGAUUCUUAUAUCAAUCACUCAAUCUCUGUUUAUUGUGCCAAAGACUGAGAAUCAGUGCAGUGCAAAGCCUGUUUUUUGACUGUUGGGACAGCAUACACUUUUCAAUAUUGGAAAGGCUAUAUAUUAUUCUAAAGAGCAAGUUAUUAAAGAGUUAUGCUGAAAUGUAUCUUUUUUUGGUACUAGUAGAAGAUAAUGCACUGGUGGGUCCUUUGACAGAGAUGUUUUAGAGGAAAUGUUUUAAGUGGUUAAAGGAUUCAAGGAAAAUACAGGAAAAAGGUGUGGGAUUUGAUGUUUACUUGUUGAUAUGGAGUAAUGUCAUUUCUAAACUUUAGACAUAUCUAGUAGGCUAAAAUGACUUACAAAGAAAUGUGUCUGUGUGUGUAUGUGUAUAUAUUGACAAAUGGGUAUAAUUAAAUAUAUAUACAAACACAUACUUAUAUACUAUUACCCAGGUAUAAAUUCUUUUUCAGGAUUUUUUAGAUAGUAGUAGAAUAAAAUAAUUUUAAAAUGUCAUACUUUAUAGUUUAAUUUUAAGGGGAAGAUUGGUUAUUUUCAAUUAUUAAAGGUUAAAAUAGGCCAAAUCACUUUUUAUGCAAUCAUGUUUUAUACAGUGGUCUCACUGCACAUUGUGUUUUUUCUGCACUUUUUACGGUAUCCUUAUCAUGCUGGUAUGUCAAUAUACACCCUAAAGAAAAAUUCCAUUUAAUGAUUGUGCCUUGUAUUCUAUUAUUUUUUGCAUCAUUAGUAAAAUUAAGUUGUCUAUUGUAAAUGAUAACUAUAUGACUUAGGAGAAUGUAUUUCUAUAUGUACUGCUAUGGAAAUGGAAAGCAGUUAUUUAUUUGUUUAUGGUACAGUUAUUUUAUACCUUCAGAACCAACAUAAAUACCAUUUCUAUUGUUUAAAAAUUAUUGUCCUUUUUUUUUUAAAAGUUUAAAGAAUGUAGUAUUUUCUGAGGACUGGUAUGGUACAAAAAUGUAACCAAAAUUUUCAAAUACUACAUUUUUAAAAAGUGCAUAUGGGGAAAAUAAUGUAUCAGCAUGACCCUAAUGUAGAAAAAUAAAGUCUUUAAUUGAACCUUGGCAAAAUAUAUUACAUAAUUAUUUCUUAUUUCUGAAUGAUAGGGAUAAGCAAUAGUUGUCUUGAAUGGAAAGUGCAUUGGGCUUUAUAGACCAUUUGUAACUAAAUUUGUACAGAAAUACUCCUGUGAAAUUAAGUAAACCAUUUUCCAGAUCCUGACUGGAUUGCUGUGAUUUUGCAGUUUAAAAUUAAUUUCAAAACUUUCAGGGGUUUUUUUUUUUUUGUACUUUUUUCCUAACAAGUAUAUUUACCUAUAAUUAAAAUUUUAUAGUUAAACUUCAUAUUGCAGAAAUGGAUGGUUUCGGUUGUAGAGUAAAAUGAGUCUUUCAGUUACAGCAUUAUUGAAAAUAAUGUGAGUGCUUGAAAUUUAAGUCAUUAAGGUGAUUUCUUUUUGUUGUUUUUCUUAAGCUGUCUAUUAAAUGUAAUUUCCUGAUGUUAUCUGCAUCAUGUUACAGAAAUAAUCAACGAUAAAAUCCAUUUAUGUAAAAAAGUACAUGUACAUUUUUUUUGUGUACAGAAAAAAGGAAGCGUACACAGUCUUAGAGCAGAACAUACCUCUACUAAAGUGUGUGGAUUAGUUCUAACUCUUGAGCAUUAAAUGAGUAUUUGCUAUUAUCAACCAGCAAGUAAACAUUAGUCCUAUUCUAAAGACACUGUAUAUUUAUGACCUUAUUUGGACAUUUGACACUGAUUUCUUAGUAAAGCAAAAAUUCUUUGUGAUCAGACACCUAAAAUGUUAUAGUCAUCCAGGUGGAUUUUGUAUUUUUUACAGUUUAACUUCUGUGCAUUGCUAAACUUGAUGUCAUCACCAUAUUAAUGUUUUGUCUUACUCCUUGGAAAAAUGGCCACUUGCAGACAGUUGCUAUUUAGUAUUACCGUUUAUAGGCCAAAAAGAGAUAUUGGCAGCUCUCCUAGGUAAGCAAUAAAAAUUUCGAGUUUACUGAAAGUUUUCAAAAUAUGACUUGCUACAUGCAUGGGAUAUAUAAACCAACUUAGGUUUAAAGUAGUUAACUUUAUUAUUCUCUCUCUCCAGCCCAACUUACCUCAAGUCCCAUUCAAAUCUUUAAAAUUAAAUGCUACACAUAUGCAGUUUAACCACUCAACCCAAUUAUAUUCUCAUCCCUCUUACCAGUAAAUGUACACCUUUUUCAGAUUUUUUUGUCUAUUACAGUCAACUAGUAUAGUGAUGGAUUAUUGCCUGCAUAUAUUCAUUAACUAAAGAUCUAUUGAUAUUAUUCCCAAUGCUUUUGUUAUUUCAUAGUUUCACAGAGUUUUGGAAAUGAUUUUGUAGUUUUAUUACAGAAUUAACAAGUUUUAUUAGAAUAAUUAGGAUAUUUGUAAUAUCACUUGGAAAUGGAUCACAUAAAAGACGCUUAUCAAUGAAUAGAUCUUCAUUGCAACCUGUAUAUUAGCACUUAUCACUGUUUUAUCUGCUGUACAGUAGGUCUAUCAGACAUUUUAAUAAACUUACUCAAAUAACAUUUUUUUUGCUUAUGUGGAGUUAGCAAUAUUUACAUGUCUUAAGAUAUCUGUGAUACAAAUUUCUUCCAAAUUAAAAGCAUUUCAUAUCUAGCAUUCCAUUUUAUAUAUGCAUACAUGUAUCUCUCAAAUGUCAAACUGAAAACUAUUAAUUUUAAUUUUCUGUCUAAUGAAAAAAGUCAUUAAACUGAAUGGUUUUAUUCAUCUGAAAUUUACUUUUGAGUAGGUUAAAAGGACCAAGAUAGCUUGAGUUUUAAAGGGCUACAAGUGUUCUCCUUAUAUGCAGGAAAUACAUGAUUUUAAAAGUCAUAAUAGGGGGAAGUACUUUUAUGCUCUGUGAAUUACUCUCAUAUGUAGUAUUUUUUACAUAACAGGUUGUGAAAUUGUUUAGUUAUUUUUAGGAGAGAAUUAUUUUCAUAUUAAAAUUGGAAAUAUAUCCCUUUUCCAUACUUCCCUCCUUUCCCUCGAGGCCCCCAAAUUUCCAAGUGAUUUAAACUAAAUUACUAUUUACUAAGAAGCUAUUUUUGUUCUUAAUUGUACUAAACACUCCAAAUGAAGUCAUUUUGUAUUAUGUACAGUACAAAAACGAGGUCAAAAUGAGUCAGAAGACUGUACCACUUUUGGCGCUCCAGAAGAUAUACCUUGUACACACUGCAAUAAAACAAUUAAAAGAUUAAUAGCUAUAAAUAAUUUUAGUUUUGAUAGCUUGGUGUUGAAUUAUACUUUUUUAUGCAGAUAAAAGCAUCAGGAAAUUAACUUUAUAUUGCACAAACCAAAUACAUAGUAGUGGGCGACUGAGUUUUACAUUUAAGGAGCUAAGAGAACAGAUUUGAGAUCAUACACGCACAUAUGAUGCAGAUACACUUGCUCAUAACUUUAAGAGUGUAUGUACUUAAAAAAUGUGUAUGUACUGAUAAAUCACAAUGAUAAACUUUAAAUUGUGACAAAAUUCAGUUACAUUUUUGGACCAUAUUAAAACUAAGAGGACAGGAUCUUGAGGUCUUGGAGGAGAAAAAAACUUUGAUCCUGUUACACUAUUUAGUUGUAUAGAAUGUAGCUCAAAUUUUUUAAAGUGACUGACUGACCUAGAAGGUUAAAGUUGAAGCUGACACAUUUUCAAAUUAAAUUUAUUAUUUUGUACAGAAAACAAUGUUAAACACAAGCAAAUUUGUUGUAUGUAAUAAGUGUAACACAAAGUUUAAAAACAAAUUAUUUAGUUUUUUUUUUUCCUUUCCUAAGAUCUGAAGUAUCAUGUUAUAAAUGGCAGUCUCACACCAGAAUAGCAUUGCCCUUUCAUUUUGUACAUAAUUGAUUGGACCUUUCUUUACUGUUAUGUGGACACCUUCUGUGUUAGUUUUGAUGCAUAAUUCUUUGGAUCUUUUUAUACAAACUAGAAUGUAUGUGUAAGAAUUUCUGUCCCUGCAAUGUAGUAACUACAAACUUAUUUUUAAAUAAAUAGAAAACUUGUUUUUCUAA